CACUGAGUCCUCCAGGUGACCAAAAACACACCUCUAAUCCUGGAAGCAGCAUGGAUACACAGUUUGUCUACGACCUUUUAGGAGAAAACGCCUGGUUGUACAUCAGUGCUACAUUUGUGGUGCUGUGGAUUAUUAUGUGGCUGUACAGAGACAGCCUGGAGAUUGAGAACAUCACUGACAAAUACGUCUUUGUGACUGGCUGCGACUCGGGCUUUGGAAACUUGCUGUGUAAAAAGCUCGACAGAAAAGGUUUCCGAGUGCUGGCUGGCUGUCUCACAGAGAAGGGAGCUGAUGAUCUGAAGAGGGUGACGGGCCCUUAUCUGAGGACUGUCCUGCUGGAUGUGACCAGUCAGGACAGCAUCGAAAAGGCCAUGGAGUUUACCAAGAAGGAGGUUGGCGACAAGGGUCUUUGGGGUAUUGUGAACAAUGCUGGGCGUUCAUUACCCAUGGGUCCUACAGAGUGGAUGAAAGUGGAGGAUUUCCACAGCACACUGAAAGUCAACAUGAAUGGAGUGAUUGGCAUGACGAUGACUUUCCUGCCUCUCAUCAAAAAGGCUCGUGGUCGUAUUGUAAACGUAGCAUCAGUGCUCGGUAGAGUGGCGGCAAACGGUGGUGGGUACUGCAUCUCUAAGUUUGCAGUGGAGUCUUUCUCUGACUGUCUCAGGAGAGAUAUAAACUACUUUGGAGUGAACGUGUGCAUCAUUGAGCCGGGGUUUUUUAAGACUGCAGUGACGAGCCUCGAUCCUCUGGAGAGAGAGCUGCAUCGUCUGUGGAACCAGCUCAGUCCUGAAGUUCAGGCCAGCUAUGGAGACAAGUACCUGGAUAAAUACAUCAAGGUGCAGCGUGUGAUCAUGAACGCUGUCUGCGACUCUGACCUCACCAAGGUGACCAGCUGCAUGGAGCACGCUCUGACAGCUGCCUACCCACGCACCAGAUACAGUGCCGGCUGGGAUGCCAAGCUUAUCUGGAUCCCCCUCUCUUACAUGCCUUCCUGUGUGGUAGAUAUUGGGCUGAAGCUGGUGCUGCCUCGUCCUUCAAAGAGCGUGUAACUUUGAGGAAAUAUCCUCAAACUUAUUGGCCAUUUACUGUCAUUUGGUGACAUUUUAAUGCAGCACAGAGGCUCACUUAAAAGAUAGAUAUAUAUAUAUAUAGAUAAAUAGAUAGAUAGAUAUACACAUAUGUGUACCUGCAUUCUUUAUCUACCUUGGACCAAGCAGUGAUCUGUUGUUACAGUUAUUAUAUUUAUGCCUGAAUAAUCUGCCAUAUAGAGGUAUAUUUCCUAUGUAAUGUCUGCUUGAUACUUUUAGAUAAUCUGAGAGAAAAUAAUGAAACUGUACAGUACAAUUUACUGUAUACAUAUUGUUUUGCUGUGCCUUUGGACACUGUUAUUUAUGUUCCUUGGUAUUGAGGCUGUUAACAUCAUAGGCUGAAUAAACACACA